ACCUGAAUUUUUUCUCUGCAAUCUCUCACAAUCAAUCUUAAGUAAUACCUCCAUAUUCCAACAUUGAAUCAUCCCUUUCUUUACCUCUAGUCUUCCUCUUGCAUUGAAAAACACUACAGAAUUCAUGAUGAAUAUUCUUUCUUUAAACAAUAAUUAUUUCUUUUCAUGACCCCCUCCAAAUCCUCAAUAACAUUCAUGCUUCCCAUUAUUUUGCCAUCUUUUUCACUCAUUUGACUCCAAUACAUUUUUAUUUGUUCUAAUUAAUUAAUUUCUGUCUUUGUUUGAGGUUGAGGCGUAACAGUUGUUCUCGUUAUCGCUGUUUGUGUAGUUUCUUCAGCUUCAUUUUUUUUUUUUUUUUUUUUUUUGCAUUUUGUCCCCAAAAAUAAAAUGGGGAAUUGUUGCUCUGGGGGAGAAGAACAACCUAAUGAAAUUACCAACAAUGAAAAUGGACAAACCGAUAACCCAAAAAAUGGAGAAAAUAAUUCAUCUACUCAUAAUCUUGACAUGCAAGGUUCCACAACACCACUAAAAACAACCCCUCCUCCUACAUCCCCUAGCCCUUCUUCAACAAAACCUACAAAACAAUCACCAAUAGGGCCAGUAUUAGGCAGACCAAUGGAAGAUGUUAGAACAACAUAUACCAUAGGAAAAGAACUUGGUAGGGGACAAUUUGGUGUAACACAUUUGUGUACACACAAACAAACAGGAGAGCAAUUUGCAUGCAAAACAAUAGCCAAGAGAAAAUUGGUAAACAAAGAAGACAUUGAAGAUGUUAGAAGGGAAGUACAAAUAAUGCACCAUUUAACAGGACAACCAAAUAUUGUGGAACUUAAAGGUGCUUAUGAGGACAAACAUUCUGUACAUUUGGUCAUGGAGUUAUGUGCUGGAGGUGAACUUUUCGAUCAAAUUAUUGCUAAAGGGCAUUAUACAGAACGUGCAGCAGCUUCAUUGUUAAGAACAAUUGUGCAAAUUGUUCAUACUUGUCAUUCCAUGGGAGUCAUUCAUAGAGAUCUUAAGCCUGAAAAUUUUCUACUUCUCAGUAAGGAUGAGGAUGCACCUCUUAAGGCUACAGAUUUUGGUCUUUCCGUAUUCUAUAAGCAAGGAGAUGUAUUUAAGGACAUUGUGGGAAGUGCAUAUUACAUUGCACCUGAAGUACUGAAAAGAAGAUAUGGACCAGAAGUUGAUAUAUGGAGUAUUGGUGUCAUGUUAUAUAUUCUUCUCUGUGGAGUUCCUCCUUUUUGGGCAGAAAACGAACAUGGAAUUUUCAAUGCAAUAUUGCGUGGACAUGUUGAUUUUUCAAGUGAUCCAUGGCCUUCAGUUUCCAGUGGAGCAAAGGACCUUGUCAGAAAGAUGUUGACCGUUGACCCCAGGCAAAGGUUAACAGCUAUGCAAGUCCUGAAUCAUUCAUGGAUCAAGGAGGAUGGAGAAGCACCAGAUACUCCUCUUGACAAUGCUGUGUUACAUAGGCUCAAACAAUUCAGAGCUAUGAACAAGUUCAAGAAAGUUGCUCUUCGGGUUAUUGCAGGAUGUCUCUCUGAAGAAGAAAUUAUGGGAUUGAAGCAGAUGUUCAAAAAUAUGGAUACUGAUAACAGUGGAACAAUAACACUUGAGGAGUUGAAGCAAGGGCUGGCCAAACAAGGGACAAAAUUAUCUGAUUAUGAGAUUAAACAGUUAAUGGAAGCUGCUGAUGCUGAUGGAAAUGGAACCAUAGACUAUGAAGAGUUCAUCACAGCUACAAUGCACAUGAACAAAAUGGAUAGAGAAGAACAUCUUUACACUGCAUUCCAAUAUUUUGAUAAGGAUCACAGCGGAUAUAUAUCAAGAGAAGAGUUAGAGCAAGCUCUGCGAGAAUUUGGCAUGGACGAUGAAAAUGAUUUGAGGGAAAUCAUUAAUGAAGUCGAUACUGAUCAUGAUGGUCGGAUCAACUAUGAUGAAUUUGUAGCAAUGAUGAAGAAAGGAAAUCCAGAGGCAGCAACAAUGAACCCAAAGAAAAGAAGGGAUUCAUUUGUAGCAUAAAGUUAAUUGCAUCAUCAAAUGAAAAAUAUUUGUAAAAAAUCAAAGACAAGGGUGUGGUUGUUGUGAGGAAAUUAAAGACCAAACUGUAUCUAACAAAAUGUCAAGAACCAUACGAGAUUUCCAAAGUCAUAAAUGCACUUUGUAUAUAAAGUAUGAUAUUAAGAUGAAGAAGGAAAAGAUCACACAUACAUGCAUUGUCAAAAGAAGGAAAAGAUCACACAUACAUGCAUUGUCAAAGAAGGAAAAGAUUGUAGAAUUCAUGGGUAUGUUGGAAAAUACAGUUUGGUUAAGGGAUGCUUUAAUCUGGAUAUUAUGGAGGUCUUUCAGAGUAUAUUGUAUUUAUUUUCUGCAAUUUAGAAUCAGGUUUUAAAAGUUUAUUUUGUAAUCAAUUGACUUUUGG